ACGUCGUCAACGCGCGACGCCGCCUUCAGAGAAACACGCGUGUUCAGGGACGCGGACCCACUCAGACCGCUUCCAGUCUCGCUCCGCGAUGGGCGACACCAGCCGGCUGUGCUCCGUGUGGCUCGGCUCGGAGACCGGGAUCCUGAAGGGGGUCAGCCUGGCCCGGAAGCAGGCCUUCAACUUCUGCAACACGAGCCACCUGAGCCGCGACCAGGAGGUGCGCGCGCUGUGCUGGGCCGACCCGGCGGAGAGCGAGCUGCUGGUGGGCUCCGUGGACGGGACCGUGAAGACCUUCAGCACCGAGAAGGGGGCCUUCACCGAGAGCCGCGCCUGCGGGGAGCCCGCGGACGGCUGCUUCGCGGGGCUCGCGCCGCUCGGCGGCUCCGGGCUGGUCACGUGCGCGGAGCGCGGGAAGCUGCGCGUGUGGCGCGAGGACAGCAGCGAGCCCGUCGCGGAGCUGGACGUGGGAAAGCACGUGAGCCGCAUGCGGCAGAGUCCGGUCCACCAGCACCGGGUCGCCACCGGGGGCAAGGAGAACGGGCUGAAGCUCUGGGACCUGCAGAGCCCGCGGAGCCCCGUGUUCAGCGCCAAGAACCUGCGCGACGACUGGCUGGACCUACGGCGGCCGCAGUGGGUCAGAGACGUGGCCUUCAUCCCGGACUCCGACAAGCUGGUCACGUGCACCGGCUACCACCAGGUGCACGUGUUUGACCCCGCCUCCCCUCAGCGGCGCCCCGUGCUGGAGUUCGAGUACGGCGAGUACCCGCUCACCGCCCUGGCGCUGCCGGCCUCCGGCGACUCGGUGGUGGUGGGCAACACGCAGGGCCACGUGGCGCUGCUGGACCUGAGGAAGGGCGUGGUGCGCGGCUGCCUGAAGGGGCUGGCGGGCGGCGUGCGGGCGCUGCAGUGCCACGCCUCGCGGCCCGUGGUGGCGUCCUGCGGCCUGGACCGCUUCCUGCGCCUGCACAGCCUGGAGGACCGAGUGCUGCUGCACAAGGUCUACCUCAAGUCCAGACUCAACUGCCUGCUGCUCAGCACCCGGGACCUGCAGGAGGGAGGGGGGGCGGCGGGGGAGGUGAAGGAGGAGGAGGAGGAGGAGGAGGACGAUGAGGUGUGGGAGAGCAUGGAGCGCGUCGAGGAGAAGACCAAGAGGAAAACAACAAUGGAGGAGCUGCAGAAGAAGAGGAAGAAGAAAGACUGAGGGGCGUUUGAGUCUGAUCAGUGUGGGACAUUCCAACGCCGGCUGUCGGACUGAAACCGUGAAAGAUGAAAGCGUGUUUAUUACUAUUCUGUCGUCACUUCUCAUAUGUAGGUGUCGGUUUCUGUACAAUAAAUUUUAUCCAACAAACUGA